UAUUGCGCCAUAAGGGAUGCAGUUACGUAUACGUGUGGUGAUAACGUCAGAGAUCAGAAAAGAGCCCAAAAAUGGCGUCAGGGAGCUAUGUAGUUCCGAGGAAUUUCCGUCUCUUGGAGGAAUUGGAGGAUGGUCAGAAAGGUGGCGGAGACGGUACCAUGAGCUGGGGGUUAGAGAAUGACGAUGACAUGUCUCUCACAUGCUGGAAUGCUAUGAUCAUUGGACCCCCCAGGUGCGCAUUUGACGGCAGAAUAUAUAGCUUACGAGUGGAGUGUGGUUCUAAUUAUCCGAACGUGGCCCCCAAGGUGUGGUUUGUUACCAGGGUCAACCUUCAGGGAGUCAACUCAAGCACUGGAGAGGUGGAUCCACGAACGGUCGGUGUGCUAGCCAAGUGGCAGAAGAGCUACACCAUUAAGAUACUUCUAUCAGAACUCAAGAGAUUAAUGACUGCUAAGGAGAAUGCAAAGUUGCCUCAACCGCCAGAGGGAUUAAAUUUUAGCCACUGACUUAAUUUGGAGCUGAUUUAUAUAAUUCUGUAAUAAUUAUAUACUCAGCUGAUCCCCUAGUCAUAUAUAUAUUUAAGCGAGCAUUUUUCACAAUGAAUAAUUUUAUAGUUAUAAAUCCUAGUAAUUGUGUGGUGUUAAAAUUAUUAAUUAUAUGA